ACGUGGCGGUGGCGAGUUUUCUAUCAUAAGUUAGGUUAUAUAUCGUAUGCAUCAAAUCAUACAAUUAUUUAUAAGCUAGUUUUUUAAGGAAAAAACACUUAAAUUUAGUGAAUUUGCAGUGCGAAAUCUUUAAAAAACCACAGACGAACACUUGGCACAAACGAAAGUUACGUGUAAACGUCGUGGCUUUUGUUUAAUUAUUUUGAAAAAUAAUACAAAAAAAACAAAAAAAAAACUUUGGCAACUAAAACCAACCCCUACAACAACACAAGCAUCAAACAACAGCAACUAGUGUUAAAUUGAAAAGUGUAUACAAGCGAUAAAGAAACCAACAAAACAAGACACCAACCGACAACAGAAGAAGAAAUUCAAGUCCACAAGUGUAACAUAAACAGCAGCAAAAUUACGUCAAUUAUUGAAAAUAUACCCGGCGCAAUAGCUCACAACAACCAUCAAAACAACAUCAUGGAAGAAGACGAGAGGGGCAAACUUUUUGUUGGCGGCCUGUCCUGGGAGACAACGCAAGAGAAUCUCUCUCGUUAUUUCUGCCGCUUCGGCGACAUCAUCGAUUGUGUUGUAAUGAAGAACAACGAGAGCGGUAGAUCGCGUGGCUUCGGCUUUGUCACCUUCGCCGAUCCCACGAACGUCAAUCAUGUGCUGCAGAAUGGUCCGCAUACGCUCGACGGUCGUACCAUCGAUCCCAAGCCGUGCAAUCCACGCACGCUGCAGAAGCCCAAGAAGGGUGGCGGCUACAAGGUCUUCCUUGGCGGUCUGCCAUCGAACGUUACGGAGACUGAUCUGCGCACGUUCUUUGGCCGUUAUGGCAAGGUUACCGAAGUGGUCAUCAUGUACGACCAGGAGAAGAAAAAAUCUCGUGGAUUCGGAUUCUUGUCUUUCGAGGAGGAGUCCUCUGUGGAGCAUGUGACCAACGAGCGUUACAUCAAUUUGAAUGGAAAGCAGGUUGAAAUUAAGAAGGCCGAGCCUCGUGACGGUUCCGGUGGACAGAACUCUAACAACAGCACUGUGGGAGGUGGUUACGGCAAGCUGGGCAACGAGUGCAGCCACUGGGGACCUCAUCAUGCGCCCAUCAACAUGAUGCAGGGCCAGAACGGUCAGAUGGGUGGUCCGCCACUCAAUAUGCCCAUUGGGGCGCCUAACAUGAUGCCUGGAUACCAGGGCUGGGGCACAUCGCCUCAACAGCAGGGCUAUGGCUAUGGCAAUAGCGGACCUGGCUCCUACCAGGGCUGGGGUGCACCUCCAGGCCCCCAGGGACCACCUCCACAGUGGUCGAACUACGCUGGACCGCAGCAGACGCAGGGCUAUGGCGGCUACGAUAUGUACAACUCGACAUCGACGGGAGCACCGUCGGGUCCGUCAGGUGGCGGUACCUGGAACUCAUGGAAUAUGCCACCCAAUUCGGCUGGACCAACUGGGGCACCUGGUGCCGGCGCUGGCACCGCCACCGAUAUGUACUCUCGUGCCCAGACCUGGGCAGCUGGCGGACCAUCGACCACCGGCCCCGUGGGCAACAUGCAGCGCACUGGACCCGGAAAUUCGGCCUCGAAAUCGGGCUCCGAAUACGAUUAUGGCGGCUACGGAUCCGGCUAUGAUUACGAUUACAGCAACUAUGUUAAACAGGAGGGUGCCUCCAAUUAUGGCGCAGGUCCCAGGUCAGCGUAUGGCAACGAUAGCUCCACACAGCCACCGUAUGCCGCUUCACAGGCCGUUUAAGCAGCUGCCUGUGUCCCCGUCUCCGUGUCCGUGGUCCCAAGAGAAAGAGAGAACGAGAGAAGGAGAGAGAGAGAGGUGAAUGAUGAAGAAGGCAAAAAGAUGGUGGUAAUUGUAAGCUAAAGCGUCGUCUGUUCUCGUUUAAACCUUUUUUAAAGCAUAUACAUAUUUUUCAUUUUGAGAUCAGUUGUUGAAAUUAAUUAAUGUAAUAACUUAAACAUAUGCUACACAACACAUACACACAACAACAACACUCAAGAAUUCAGCUAAAAGUAAUAACAAAAGAGAAACCCUAGCAAAACAAGGCAGGUUCAUAGGUUUAUAUAUAUAUAUAGAUGAUAUAUGUAUAAAACAACAGUAUAUAUAUAUGAAUAUAUAUAUUCUAUAGCAAUGAGUAUGUAAAAACAUCAUAAACAUAAAACAUAGACAACAACCUGAAGAAUAAGAACACUCAGAGCAACAACAAAAACAUUUCUCAUACGCCCUUCCUUCUCCUAUAUAUAUCCCCCCAUAUAUUAACACUAACAAACAACAAAAACAACACCCAACUAAAACCGCAGAAACAUGCAUUAUUCAAUAACAACAAAUAAGAAAGGAAAAAAAUAAUAGAAAUGUGAAGAUUUAAACAUAAUGAUUUACAAGUAUAAAGUUUAGCCAAUUAGACACAAAAGAAAAGUGUACGGAAAAAAAAACAAAUACAAAACAAGAAAGGAAUUAUAAGAAAUUAUACAUUAAAAAAUACAUUUAAAACACAAAAAGAUCCCCUUAAUUACUAAAAUUAGUAAAUACAAAUUCGAAAUUGUACAUUUACAACAAACACACAACAACAACAACAACAUCUUGGCAACAACAAAUGGAACUUGCGCCGUGUCCCCCAACGAGUCUAACUUUUCUGCCUUCCCUUCCCCCGCCCAGCACUUUUGGCGACAAGGCGUUAGCGUGUCUUGGAAAAGCUACAAAAGGGAAAAACAAUUAAUUGUAAUUAUUGUAGGGGAAAACACGCUUGUCUUAGCCAGAGUUUUAGCAACGGCGCGGGAAUCGGGAAAUUGGAAGUGGAAGUGGACAAUUGUUGCGGGGGUUGUGGCGCUAAAGUGAGAAAGAAAGAAAACGUUACAAAAUUAAUAAAUUUACCAUUUAAUAAAGUAUAAACAACUAGCUAAAAGUUAAACUACAUAUAUAAAGAAACCUUAAUUAAUAAGCGUAUGUCGUAUGUCGUUUGCAUGUAAGCGAAAGUUGAACUUGAAACUAGAAUUAUAUAGUGUUGGAAUUAUUAUUUUUUAGUUAAAAAGAAGAGAUAUGAGAACCGCUAAAUAACAAACAAAAACAUUAUGAUUGAUUGUCGACUAUCGAUAAUCGCGGAUGAGGAUUAAAAGCAUAACAAAAAAAAUCACAAAAAAUACGAAACGCUCUUAAACAAAAUAUACAUUUAAAAUAAAAGGAAACGGAAAAGAUUAAAGAGAAUUAGAAAACGAAAAGAAGAAAAAACAAAAACGCUAUAUACAUACUUAUAUACAUCUAUAUAUAUAAAAUAUAUACAUAAAUUUAAACAACAACAAAACGUAAAUUUAAACUACAGUUAAAAAGCAGAAUAGGAAACAAAAAGUCAUAAAAAAAACGAUACAAAAAUAGAUAGAGAUUGACAGCCAGAAGAAAGUAAAAAGAAACGAUGCUUAGAGUUGCGUUGCACAUUUUUUUCAAUUUUCAUCGUUUGCCAAGCAGACGACAAGAACAACAACAACAACAGCAAGAUCAGCAACAAUAACAAUAAUAACAACAAUUGGUGUAUAUGUGUGUUGUGUGUGUUCUACUCACAAACACACACACAUGCGCGCACAUAUAUUUGUAUACAGAAAGAAACACACACACAACAUGCGCAUAAAGCAACAUGAGAAUGAAUUGCAUAUUUUAUUGAUUAUAUAUAAAUAUUUUAUAUAUCUUUAAUUACUUUACAUAUAUAUAUUAUUUACUCUUAAUUACACAAAACAUGAUCAUUUUUUAUGUGACCACCAACAACAACAACCAACAAGUAAACUAAUUUUUAAAUGAUUAUUAUUGCGAUUUUACAAUUUAUUAUUACAAAUAUUAAACAUUAAAAACCUACAAAAUAAACACAAAAAAAAUACCUUACAUAAUAUAUAUAUAAUCUAAUAGAUACAUUUAUACACAUUUAUAUACAACAAACAAAUAUGAAGUAAUGUUUUUUUGCUAUUACAAACUACAACUACAAUAUACACACGUAAUUUUUAAUUUGUUGAUUACGCGACACAUUUACGAUUACCAUAUACAUACAAUUACAUACAUACAUAUUUACAUAUAUACCUUACUUUAUUUUUCGGUGAUUUAUUGCAUAGUGUUUUUCGUCUAAUUUUUACAACUUUUACUUAGCAAGCAAAUCCUACAAACAUAAAUUCCUAAUUUAAUAUUUCGUUUAAAAUUACAAAUAAAACAUAUGCUUAAAUUUUUUAUAUAAUUAUAAACUUAAAAAACUAAAAAAAAAGAAAUCAAUAACAAAACUAACGUAAAAAUGCAAAAAAUACACAGUAAAAAAAAAACAA